UUUGCUUCAACAGGUUCUCCUCUCCAGUCACCGGUUACCCUACUGUCUCAUCCCAUGGCUCCACCCAGCCCAAGUAACAACAGCAGCACCAACAGCAGCAAUAGUACUGCAGGCUGGGAGCAACUCAGCAAAACCAACCUCUACAUCAGAGGGCUGUCCCCAUCAACAACAGAUCAUGACCUGGUCAAACUCUGUCAGCCGUAUGGCAAAAUAGUAUCAACAAAGGCCAUCCUGGACAAGACUACAAACAAAUGCAAAGGGUAUGGCUUUGUGGAUUUUGAUAGUCCCACUGCAGCUCAGAAAGCAGUGGCUGCCCUAAAGACUAGUGGAGUUCAAGCUCAGAUGGCAAAGCAACAAGAACAAGACCCGACCAACUUGUAUAUAUCAAACUUGCCCCUGUCAAUGGACGAGCAGGAACUGGAGAACAUGCUGAAGCACUUUGGCCAGGUCAUUUCCACACGUGUUUUGAGGGACUCAAGUGGAGCAAGCAGAGGAGUAGGCUUUGCCAGGAUGGAGUCAACAGAAAAAUGCGAUGCAGUCAUUUCUCACUUUAAUGGCAAGUUCAUCAAGACGCCCGCCGGUGUUCCAGCACCUGCUGAACCUUUGCUUUGCAAAUUUGCGGACGGUGGGCAGAAAAAGAGACAAGGCCAAAACAAAUUUGUUCAGAAUGGUCGAGGUUGGCUAAGAGAUGGAAACGUCAGACUGGCUGGAAUGACACUCACGUAUGAUCCCAGUGCAGCAGCAAUACAAAACGGAUUCUUCCCACCAGCGUACAGCAUUUCCAACAGGAUGAUUGCUCACACACCCAUGUCCACGUACAUGUCUCCAGUUUCAGCAUACCAGGUGCAGAACCCAUCUUGGAUGCAUCAUCAACCCUACAUCAUGCAGCACCCUGGUGCAGUCAUAUCGCCCUCUAUGGAGCCAUCAUUGUCACUGCAGCCUACAUCCCUGAUGACUCCUCUCACACAGCAAAUGAGUCAUAUGUCUUUAGGCAAUGCAGGAGCGUUCAUUGCCACCAACACUCCCAUGCCAGGUGCUUACAUCCCUCAGUACACACACAUGCAAACAGCAGCCGUUCCUGGAGAAGAAAACGGAGUUUCUUCUCAGGUGGACACUUCCGGCAACCCUUCCCCAUAUGCCUACCAACAAACCAAGUAG